AUGCCCAAAUCAGCAUGCUUCGACGUCCUAGGGACAUGCUUCCACUUCCAACCCCUCAUAGACAUCAUCCACGAAAUCCUCAGCAGAAACACCUCCCCCAAAACUACAAUCGACGCAACCACCCUCUUCCACUCCUGGUUCUAUGCCGCCCAACGCGAUUUCACCUACGUCUCCAUCUGCGGCUCGUACACGCCCAUCGCCCAGAUCCUCAAACAGACUUUUCGCCGGGCCUGCGCGAUUGUCGAUUUUCCCGAUCCAAACAAACACAUCACGGACAAGGAUCUCGAAAACAUCAUGACGGAGAUUAAGCGGCUGCCUCCACGACCGGGGCUCAAGGAGAUCUUCGACGGGUUGAGAGAUGAUGGCUGGGAUGUUUAUGCCGUUACUAAUGGUGGUAAGGAGUCGUCAUUGAAGUACUUUGAGUUGGGCAGUGUUCAGCUUGAUGGCGAUCAUUUAUUGUCUUGUGAUGACAUUAAGGUUGCGAAGCCGGAUAUGAAGGUCUAUGAGAAUGCCGGGAGUUGGUUGGAGGGGAGGGGGUGCGAGAAGAGUCAGAGGUGGUUUGUGGCGGCGCAUAGUUGGGAUCUGAUUGCGGCGAGGAAGGCUGGGUUUAGGACGGCGUGGGUUGCGCAUGAGGAGAGGGAUCCGGUUAGGGAGGUGUUUGGGGAUUUCGAUGUUGUGGCGAAGGAUUUGAGGGAGUGUUUGGAGAUGAUGAAGAAGGCUGCGUGA